UAUAGUCUAUAGAUAUAAUUUUCAUUCACAUUUUCUUUUCUCGGUCGCAUAGUGUAAAUAAUUAAUUACAAAGUUUAAUUAAUUUUGCCUUGCUAUCUACAUAUCAUAGAAGUAAACAAUAAUGAGCUAUCUAAACAAAUUGUUUUGUAUCGUGUGGUAAAAUAAACUUACCUAUGUGAUUUAAAGCCCUCAAAAAUGGAUUCUACUGCGUGCGAUUACGAAGAUGGUGAAAUUCCUAUUUGGCAGGAGCCUCGAUGUGAACCUUUAGGAGCACCUAAAGAAAACCUUUGCGAUGAAGCAUCUCCCGAACAAUCGUCGGGUGACCGAAUACAUGCUUUGGAAGAGGAACAAGAAAUCCUAUCGUCGUCAGUAUUUUCGUUGACUUCGCACCUCGCACAGGUUGAAUUUAGACUCAGACAAAUUCUUAAAGCUCCUCCAGAAGAGAAAGAUGCUAUGUUACAAGCGCUCGAAGAGUUUACUUCUCGCGGAGUUGAUUCGAGAGAGGCACCCCAAGGAAGUACAGACGAUGGCGCUUGCAGUGAAUGUGUAGAGUUAGAAAGGAAAAUACGCAGUCAGCGAGCAAAGCAAGCACGAUUCGUGGACAGAUUAAAAAAUCAACUGAAAGAGCUCGAAAGAUUCGCUGCUAGUACUUCUAAACUUGACGAUUCAAAACAUAGAUCCCUCAUAGAGCAUCUGCGUAAGGAAAUCGAUCGAAGCUUAGAAGAAGGCUGUCAUCAACCACUUACAACAGAUGAAUUACGACAUCAGAUUGACUGUGCAGUUCGUCAGUAUGCAGAUAGGCAGCUUUCAAAGGAUGAAAUUAUCAGCAAACUUCAAACUCAUAUAGAUGAUAUGCAAAAGUUCAUUAGGCUGAUGAAAAAUGAAGAAUUUAAUGGCAAACCUCAGACUAGUAAAUCUGAACCAAAAAAAGUGGGGAAACCAAAUACUUUUGACAAGACUUACAGUAAGAAUAAAGUAAAUGAUGAGCUUAAAGCUGAAACUAUAAACUUGAUGAGAAAAGCUUCAACUUUGAUUCAAAUAUUUACUGUAUCUCAGUUUGGUUGUUCGCCAAACACAAAUAAAAGGUAUGAAAGUAAAUCUUCAACACUAGUUACACAUUGGGGGAACUUACGAGCAAAGUUAGAAAUGUCAAUAGAUGCUGUACUUCAUAUGGUGUCAAGGGAAAGACUGUCACAGUCUAUUAUUGACAGUUAUGACAGUGAAUCAGAGGAAGGAGGAAUAAUUAUUAAUGAUGCUCCAUUAACAACGGCAGUAAGACGUCACUUGGCUAUUAAUUUGAGGGACUUACUACAGCAUGGCCUUGUUGGACAAGAAACAACUUCCCUGGUACCAAUUAUAGGCUGUUUUCCAGUCAGAAGGUCAUCAACAUCACAUUCAAUUCACAUAUGGGAAGUUAUUUUACGUUACUAUGAUUUGAAUGAUGGUGAUCGUUUUAAUUCAACGCCUGCAAGGAAACUGAGUCAAAGCUUUAAUCUAGAUAUAGUUGGAGGUACGGCAAUUACCAAUAAACAGAGUUUGUUAAGUGCUAUUGGAGGUAUUCUAGCAUCACACACCCCAUAUAAACGAAGCUAUGACGCCCAUUUUAAAGCAUUUGUUUGCGCUGCAUUGAACGCUCACAAACUUGUUAUUUGGUUGAAUAUAAUGUUGAAAUGUAGGUCUCUAGUAGAUUCCUACUACUCCUCCACAAGUUAUGUAGUUAAUACAGGAUUUCAAGAUGCCUUACAGAGUCUCGAUAGACUAACGCCAUAUAGUUUUGAUCUGCCUGUUGAUCUGGCUGUGAAGCAAUUCCAGAAUAUAAAAGACGUAUUUAUGUAAGUUUAAGUCGCCUUCCAUAUUGCUCUGUGUAUUUAUAUAAUGUGUAAACUCUAGUCCACUAUUAUAAGUUUAAAUAACUAGUUAACUCGAUGAAUGUAAAAUUUUGACAAAUUUUCAAAUUCAUUGACUUGAUUACUUUUAGUUUUGAUCUGAUAUAUUGGCCUAUCAUUUAGAGAAAUGUAAAUGCUUUCUUAUGUAUAGAUAUGUAUUUAGAUUUAAUUGUAAUGUAUAGCAAAUGAAACUAUUAUUUAUUUAGUUUAUGUUGUUUAUCUGUAAAGAAGUGAUACUUUGUGAAGAAGAUUUAGCUGCAGUUUUAUGGUAGCAUUAAGAACUAUUUUAGGUUUCUAGUAAUCCUUUGCUUCAGUUUUAAAGAAGUUGACUUUGUAGGUUUGUUCAAGAGAUAUGUUAUUGUAAAUGUAUUAACAAAAUAUAUGGCUAAUUAUACAAUAUUUAUAUCUUAGACUUUGUACUGUCUAUAAAUCUUUUCACAUUAGUUUUAGUUUUUUUGUAUUUUUUAAAUAAUGUAUUACGUUAAAUUCAAGUUGUUUGAACUCAAAAGUUAUACCAACCUUUCUACAUAAUAUUUAGUACUUAUAUUAAUAUGAUCAGAAAUUGUAUAUGUAUUACUUCUUAUCUCAUAUUAUGCUCAUGCUUUUUUUGUUCAUAAAAAUAAUAUACCUACAUGCAAUAUUUAGUUUACUUAUAGGCAAAAUGUUCAAUGAUGUACCACUUUACCUAAAAUAGUGAAAAUACAGUUGCACCUAUUUUCAAUCUUUGUCUUACAAGUACAAUAUAGAAAUAAAACAUUCCAUUUAUAUGAGUGAAAUAUAUUAUGAAUAUAAUGUUAUUUCUGCAGAAUUUAUUUUGUGAUAGUACGGCUGUAAGUUUAUGAAAUAUAAACCAAAGAUACAUUCCCAUUUAUUUUACCAAAGAUAGUGUACUUACUUAUCAUAGGAAUUAAUUUUAUUGCAAAUAUAUUCAGUUGAAAAA